UUUUUCUCACUCUCUCUGCCAGCAGCAACAGCAGCAGCUCCUCCCUGCCCGCUCGCUCUCCUCUAUUCUGAGCCCAGAUCGUCCCCGGGCACCCCCAGCUCCGUGGGCAUCAGCUGCUGCCAUGCACCUGUAGCCCACCACCACCUCCAUCACCCCUGCUUGGGAUCCCCAGGUAGGAACAGCAUGGAUUUCCCAAGGGAGAAAGGGGCCUCGGUGGGCAGCCGGAUCUGAGCGCCCAUGCCCUUGCCCAGGGGCCAUGCCCAGCCUUGGCGCUGCCAACGCCUCCCUCUGGCCGGGGGGCGCCUGCUCUGACUUCUUCAUUGAUUGGGAUCCUCUUUGGAUGGAGAGUUUCCUUCUCCCCUCCCAGCUGGACCCCGCCGGUGGAUUGAAGGGUGCCCCCUGAAGAGGUGCCAAGUUUGGCCAAGGGUGCCCACCCCGUCGAGAAAGGGAGUCUCUCGGAGUGUGAGCACGCUUCUCGGGCAGGGGCCCCCUUGGCACGGCCAUGAAUGCCCCCUGCAGCGCCCUUCCGCUCCUGCUGGCGACUACUCUGCACCUCCAGUAUUGCGCCGCGACGAUGCUGCUGAAACAAAUCAACAAGACCCACCCAUCUGAGGAAGUGGUCCGGUUCUUAGACGUCUAUAACCGCAGCAGCUGCCAGCCAAAGGAGACCAUGGUGCCUGUGACGGUCGAGCACCCGUAUAUGGUCAACCACAUCGUCAUGCCCUCGUGUGUAGCCCUGAAGCGUUGCGUCGGCUGCUGUGCAGACGAAUCGCUCGAAUGCGUGCCUGCCCAGACCCGGGACUUGGUCAUGGAGGUAAUGCUAAGUUUAUUCCCUCACCAUCAUCUAAAUCGACUGACUUUUGUGGAACACACAGCGUGUAUAUGCAGAUCAAAGAAGACAUUUUUAAGACCCCACACAAUCAGGCCGGCUUGCAGGCCCUGCCUGGACAGGAAGAGGCAGUUGAAUCCACGGACAUGCCAAUGCAUUUGCCGGCUGGAGCCGGAACACUGUGAGGCUCGAGGUCUGAAGUUCAACAAGGGGUCUUGCAGAUGUGUGAACCUCCACCACCGAGCCACUAAAAGGAGAACCAAAAUACCACCAUAACCCAUUCGGGAAUCCGAACAGGACUUCAAUGUCGGACCGGCGGUGACCUUUCGCUGCCGGGAACGAAGCACACGGAUCCGUUGAGGAGAUGCCGGCGGCUGCCAGGAAAUGGGACGCACAGCAUGUUUCGCGUCAGCCCUCCGCCAGUUGGGAUUUACGUCUCUGGGAGGCAAGCUGAGACUUUACCACACUCCCAGGAAGGCCGCCCCGCAAAUUCUCAAGAGGUCGAGAAAAGUUCUAUGCAUAUUUAAAGCCUGAAAGUGGUCGCCUCUCCCCCACCCCGUUGUCCCAUGCCUCUUUUAAUUUAAUGGCCUCUCCUUUGAGGGGGACCCCUCUCCAGUUUCCCAACCCACCUCCCUGCAUAUCUAUAUAUCUACGUAUAUAUUUUUACAUUUCCUUUCCUUCCUUUGCAUUUGAUCCGGGGCAGGGAGCUAAAGCAUAAGGAUCCCACCCCUUUCCACGUCUGCAGUUGGAGGCUUUUCCAGAAGGAAGUCUUACGAACUUGGACAGUUUUAGUGGGAAUGCUCUGUCCACUUUUCCUUUACGUGGUGGCGAUUUAUUAUAAAGAAUAUUGCUACUGGUAUUGAUACCCAUAAAGAUCUGCCUCCAAGGUAAAGCAGGAGGAGAGGAUGAAUUAUCUGCUAGGGAUCCCUCCCCAAAUGUAAUGUUUUUCCUCUGCCUAACCUUGUCAGUUAUGGACAAAGCCCCAACAGGAAAAGAAAAUGCUCUGCCCCCAGGAGCUUACAAUCUGAAAUUAGUCCAGGGUGGGGCGAGGAAAGGAGACAAUGGGUAGAAAAGAAUUCUGUUAAAAACUGGUCUUUUGGGUUUCUAAGUGUGCAUUCUGACAUGCAAAAGAGCAGUGAUCAUUUGUCCAAAGAUUUCACUUUCUCCGAAAAAGGAGCCACAGGUGGCUAUGAAUUUGAUUGGAGCAAUCACUACACAGAAGAAUGUUUUAAAAGA